AUGCCGAAAUGUGACGUAAAAACUAGAUACAUCCCAGCCACCUUCGCCUGGACGCUGCUGCUUAGCACCACCUUCCUGUUCUUCUGGUAUCCAUGUCGCCAGUACUACAUUCAUCGGCACCCUUGGGUGCCGGCGUACCAGGCAGUGAUCACGUUCUUCGUGAUCGCUAACUUUACGCUCGCCACGUUCAUGGACCCCGGUGUCAUACCAAAAGCCCCACCGGACGAGGAUCGUGAGGACGAGUUUCGGGCGCCACUGUACAAGAACGCCGAGAUUAAUGGCAUUACGGUGCGCAUGAAAUGGUGUGUCACCUGCAAGUUCUAUCGUCCACCCCGUUGCUCGCACUGUUCCGUCUGCAACCACUGCAUUGAGACGUUCGAUCAUCACUGUCCGUGGGUGAACAACUGUAUUGGCCGGCGGAACUACCGGUUCUUCUUCUUCUUUCUCAUCUCGCUGUCGGUGCAUAUGCUGAGCAUCUUCUCGCUGUCGCUGGUGUACGUGCUGCAAAAGGAGAAGGACAAGCUGACGGAAGUGGAGCCGAUCAUAGCCAUGGUGCUGAUGGCCAUCGUAACGUUGCUGGCGAUCCCGAUCUUCGGUCUGACCGGAUUUCACAUGGUGCUGGUAUCGCGAGGCCGUACUACGAACGAGCAGGUGACCGGCAAGUUCAAGGGUGGCUACAAUCCGUUUUCGCGCGGCUGCUGGAACAACUGCUGCUACACACAGUGUGGCCCCCAGUACCCUAGCCUGUUGAAACCACAGAAGUACGCCGCGCGGCGUUCGAACAAAGAUAAUCAACCAAUCAGCACCAUCACCCAUGACGCGGGCGGUGAAUCUGGCGGUUCCAGCCACCGCCAUGCCCCGGGAGGGCCGUCACAGCAGCACCCACCGCACGGUCAGCAUCAGCAACAGCCACAGGCAAUGAGCCAGAGCGGUGGCGGCAUCUAUGAUAAUAAUCGGCACACGCAGGUAAAAACUUAUAUGGAUCAUGGGAAUGGUCACGGUAUACGUACGGUUGGAUCCAGUCAUUACAGUAAGCUAUCGCCGGGCCGUGAGUGCUCCGACAUCGACAUGGAACCGCAGGCAUCGCAGAGCCGGGACUGCGAGCCGACGCCCCCGCUGCAGCGCCACGGUUCGAAGAGCAACUUCUUCCUGCCCCCGCUAGACGUUGGCAUGCCCGGGGGCGGUGGCGGCAAUGGCGGAGACUCCCCUCGCCAGCAGCAGCAACAACAGCAGCAGCACAUACGAAUGUACCAUCCCCGGCACAGCCCGCACCCCCGGCAGCGUGGUCUUGAUGCGACCCGCAGCUUCACCCCGGAGGGACUGUCGCCCGAUCAACCAACUGGGCUGCCACCAAUCAUCACGAUGCAGUCCCAGCAGCAGCAACAGCAGCAAUCCGGCGGAAGUGGUUCGCGUGGCGUCGUGGGACCAUCGUCCGUCGCGACGCCAACGAUGCAGCAGCGCAUCAAGGCACUCGGUGUAGCCACACCGCUCGCCAUGUCUAGUCCGGUACGGCGGUCCAACCCAGGUACGCCGACGCAACCGAGACGGCCCGAGUUCAUCAGCGUUGGGCAAGCAACGGUGUCGCAACAACAGCAGCAGCCACUCGUGGGGGGCAGCAAUGGCAUCUCCGGCAACUAUUAUGAUUUCCCGCUGCAGCAGCAACAGCAGCAACAGCAACAGCAGUCGCCGCCGAUGGUGCUGCACCAGACGUCGGGACUACCACCACAUCACCCGUUCCACCAGCAGCAGUAUCCGAUGGCCCACCACAAUGGCGGGCUAGCGGGAGGCGGCCAGCAACAGCAGCAACAGCAGCAGUCUGUGGUGCCACCGCAACAGCAACAACAACCUCGUGGCGCGUCCGUGGUCUACCACCACGGUAGCCCGCAGCGUCGCUACCUGUCCGAGGGGGAGCUCGUCCGGCAGGGUGCUGAAUUGUCGUACGCCCGAAACAACCAGACGUCGGACAAUAUCCGCGAACUGGCGGGGAGUCCGCAGCGGGGCGUCUACCUGUGGAAGGACACGUCUCCCGGUUUCAGCCAAACUUCGGGCGCUACUGGAGGAGGCCCACCGCCCGUUCUAGGCAACAGUCAGUCGGUGUACCAGAACACUCCCAGUCCCACCGCCGUUCCCCAGCACCAUCUGCAGCAGCAACAGCAACAGCAGCAACAGCAACAGCAGCAACAACAACAGAUGGCCACCUUCGGUACGGUGAGCGCUACCCGCUACCAGCUGCAGCAGCAGCAGCAGCAAAGCGCACUCGCCAACAGCAUGGUCUACCAUCCGGCCCUGCGUGGCGGUGUACCCGUGUUUCCUCCUCAACCGCCGCCGCUCAGCAGCACGGUUGGCAAUGGACCGGGUGGAACGGCUGGCGGCGGAACUCAGGCACCAUCCCCGUCGAUCAAGCGCAAGGCCGACGUCCUUCGUCCCACCCGGCCGAUGUCGUUCGUGCGGGCGCUCGAGAUGACCGACUCGAUGGAGAUGACGGCGGUGGCACCAUCGGGCGGUGCCGUUCUUGGCGACGGCCUGACGACGUCCGGUGCGGUGCUCUCCUCCCUGCAGCAUCCCGGAGGUCCCGGGGUGCCCGGACAGCCCGGCGGUCCUGCGGGGCCCGGUGGUCUGCGUGGCGGCAACAUUCCGACUCCGCCCGAUCAGCGGACCAGCGUGUACGACAUGAACUACGAGAUAUCGGUAUAAGGGCGUUGGUGGUCGAUGCAGUAAAUGUGUAUAGGCUGCUCAGGCUGCUCGAGGCAACUGCUCUGAUGGGGAUGG